CUCAAACGGGAAGGACGAAAGAACUUCUCACUAGUUGGACGGAGAUAUAAAGUAUAUUUAUAUCCAAAUUAAUGCCACCAUGGCACUGCCGAUGCUGCCUGGAAAUUCUCUCAACAAAAACUUGGGGAAAAACAAAUUCCACAAGUCCCAGCAUUUUGACUAUUCGAACGGGGUCCGUAUGAUGGUGGGCUCAGGGAAGCCAGGCAUUGGAGGGGAGUUGCUGUUGGGCCAGAAGUCUCAACCAAACUAUUCUAUCUUCCCCAAUGGAGAGGGCAGUGACACUCCAUCAUGGGUGGCCUUUGACAAGCAGGUGCUGAGCUUCAAUGCGUUCUUCCAGGAGGCUGUGCCUCAGAAGCGAGAGGAGAAGUACCGCGUCAGGAAGUGUAAGAUCUAUUUCUACCUGGAAGACGACACCAUCCAGGUGGUAGAGCCUGAAUUAAAGAACAGCGGAAUACCACAAGGAACGCUGAUUCGUCGGCACCGCAUCCCACUGCCCCCUCCAGAUGGUGAGUGCUUCUACACGGUGCACGACUUCAACAUCAACCAGCAGAUGGUGCUGUACUCACGCAUUUUCAUGGUCACCGACUGUGACCCCUUCACCAGAAACUUCCUCAGGAAGAUGGGGGUGCGACUCAACCCCCCCAACUCCACUCCCCUGGACCCUUACAGCAACCUACGACAAGAGAUGGAGAAGAGUAUGAAGCCACUGCGUCCAUACGAGAGGCUGGACACGCUCAAGCAGUUCCUGGACCACGACCGCAAUGUGCUGCGGUUCUACUGCCACUGGGACGACUCAGAGAACAUGUUUGGGGACCCGCGCGAACUCACCCUGCACUACUUCUUGGCCGAUGACACCAUAGAGAUCAGGGAGGUCAUCUACCCCAACUCAGGCCGGGAUGCCACCCCCAAGUUUCUGCACCGUAGCAAGCUGCCCAAGCAUGCUCCCAGCCCCAAGCGUCAGCCCGGAGAUAUCACAGACCGUACGGUGCUCAACGUCUUUGGUCCUAUGGGCCAGGGAGGACGCUACAUCCUGGACAGCCUCAAAACAGGUGCGGUCCAUGAGCAGUUCUAUAAGGACAGUGACCUGACUCUGGGGGGCAUGGUCAACGUGUGGGGACGCAGGGUGGUCAUCUGUGACUGUGACAACUUCACCAAAGAGUUCUACCGCUCCAAAUAUGGCAUUGAGGACUUCAGCCCAGUACAGUACAAGGCACCUCUGGCCCCUAAGCCCCCCAGGCCUGUACCUCCCUACAAUGGCUUUGGCUCUGAAGAGGACUCACUGUGCUCCUGCCAGGGCCUGCUGCCCAAACCCCCACAGAAAGACUUCCGCAAGCUCAUGGAGAAAGACAGGUGUUUGGCGGGUAAGUUCCUUGAGCGUGGCAGAGUGAAGAAGCCUGGUCAGAAGUUGUUUAAGAGUGAGAUAUCCCAGUAUUUCAGUGCCCAGGACCUGUAUGUAGGAGCCAGGAUCAACCUCAACAACCAGGGCUUCCAGCUGAUCGAUGCUGAUGAGUACGCCUUCAACUACAUGGAGCAACAGCCUGAGGAGUUCCAGGGCUAACAUGGGCUCCAUCUCAGUAAGAUCCGCUCCAUCCCUGAGGACAAACAGAAUGAGAUUAAACAGUUCCUCACCCUCAGUGACCCUGGAAACACUGGACAUCCCUACGAACCCUUCAGGGGCCUGUUGGUGGGUCUGGAGUGUGGUCUGUCGGAGCAUGAGGUGAUGAUGCUCGGUCGUUGUUUCUGUGAGCGCCAGCAGCCCGAGGCAGAGGUGGGCCUCAUGCUGGCUGUGGCUCAGGACCACCUACGCAAGAAACACUUUGAGAGCUUCUCCGACAUGACCAGAGCCUUCACACACGAGGACCGACACAGGACUGGUCAUCUCUCCACCAAGGAGGCCAGGACCAUCUGUAAGGCCUUCCAGCUGCCACUGGCUGAGGACCUGUUGAGGGCCCUCCUCAAGAAGUUUGAUGCAGGCUCUGAGGAGAUGGACUACCAUGCCUUUCUGGCAGGGAUCAACUGGAGAGAGAACCCUGCUUCCCCUGUCCUGCCUGAUGACGCCCUGAAGUUUAACGUGGACUGGAGCAGGGAAGCCAGAGGCCCAGAGGUGAAGAGCAUCAACUACACUGUCCUUCUGGAAGACGUGUUCGGUAGUGUCAACACCAACUCUAACCAACCCAACACUCUAACCAACCCAACACUCUAACCAACCCAGCACUCUAACCAACCCACAC